AUGUUUGAUGUGGUGGUCCUGCGGCCCUGGCCCGCGCCCCACUGGCUGCACGUGGUCUCGGCCUCCGCCAAAGACCCCGCCACGCGGGAGCUGCGCACGCGGAAGCUGCGGGACUGUCCUCUUACGCUUUUGACGCAGUGGGCCUUCGAUGAGGGAUGCGUCGAGGAUUUCUCGGUGGUCAUUGACAUUGGCAUGAACCUCGGCUGGUUCACGGCGCUGGCGGCUGCGCACGGCUUGCAGGUCGUAGCCUUUGAGCCAAGCGCCGCCAAGGUGAAGUACAUGGCGAAGACGCUGGAGCUCAACGGCUGGGACAAAGUACAGCUUCGCCACGGUGGAUUGGCCACAGAGGGGGGCCAGCUCUUCGUGGACGAAACCCGCUGGUGGGAGAAGAGGUCUGCCAGCCGCGAAGCGGGCGAAGGCAAGACGGAAGCGACAGCCUUGCGCUUGGAUGACGUGGUGAGUUCCAGCGCCAAGGUCUGCUUGCUGAAAGCUGAUUGCCGCGGCUGCGAGACCGAGGCCUUUCGCUCUGGGGAGAGGUUGCUACAAGCCGGGGCUGUGCAGGUGGUGCAGAUGGAAUACGAUCAUUCCGAAGCCUCCCGAACCGCGCUGGAGACUUUGCAAAGCAUGUCGCCGCGACCCUGGCAGUGCAUCCUGCUGCCCACAGGGCUGUCGUGCUCUGGGGGCGACCUGGCGGACCAGAAGAGCGAGGCGCUUCAGGAGCUCUGGGACUUCGUGGUGGCAAACGUUCAAGUGGACUGCCGUGCCACCAAGCUGCAAGAGUUGGCGCCGGACGCGCACGGAUACCACACAGACCUGUGGCUGGUCCACGAGGACACGAUGGACCGGCUCCGUGCCCACCCCAGCUUUGUCGAGGCCUCCCAGCGCCUGUCGGAUGCGCAGACCCAAAGAUGCGACUACUCUGCGGAGCAGGCCAUAGAGCAGGGAGUUUGUGAACUUCUUUGCUAUCGCUUCGCGAGCUUGGAAGAGGCAAAGCGUGCUUGCGAUGCUCGGCCAACCUGCUCCAAGGUUUUCGCCAAGCAGGACGGCUUUGAGCUGCGGGGUGGCAUGUCACAAGGAAUCGCGCAGGUUGAUGAGGAGCAGCACAAGGCCUACGACCCCAGCUACGAUGUGCGCAGGGACUUCGACACGGCCGCCAGUGUGGCGCUCGGCAGCGGCCACAAGCUGAUGGUGCUGCGCCACAACCCGGACGCCUUCAAGAUCGCCGGGAUUGCAUAUGAGUACAUCUGCCACUUGCAUGAUGAGAAAGCGCCUGCUACGAAGGCUCAGGGAUUUUUGCAGGCCUUGGUUUUCAGCGGAGGACUCUUGGGAGUGGACAUGAAGGUGGAGCUCUACUACCACAAAAUGGCCAACAGGCAGAAAGCUGCUGUGAAGCGUUUGCUCCUGGCAGUUUGCGCUUGGCUGGAUACCACAUCAAGGUGGUUGCUACCCGCAGCGGAUUUCGAGAAGUUGGAGUUGCACCCUGACGAAGUCCUCAGGCAACUAGCGUUUGCGAGCUACACUGUGAACGCUGCAGACCUGGAGCGCCGUGUUGCGUCUUCCGAAGGUGCAUCAAAGUUCAGGGCAGUCGACCAGGGCCGAAGCCUUUGCGGUCUCCCGUUGGACACUGGGCUGUACGCUGACAAGGCCGGUGCUCUGAUCGUCAUCGAGAACCCAGAGAACUCGCUCAUGACUUUCGUGCACUGCUGCGGCUGGGAGGUGAGAGUGAGCAAUGUGAAAAUGAAGACGAAGAAGGUCAUGUUCGGUGUAUUCCACACGCCUGACGGAGAUGGUCGCCAAGAAAGAUCCAAGUGGUCGCGCAAAGCAGUGGUGGCGUGGAGACCUGGAGUCUGCUAUAAGGUUUGGCAGGAGACGCAUGAUGAGACGCAGGAACAGCUGAAGAAGGUGGGGGAUUUGUGCGUGAGACUGGAAGGCCAGGAUCCCGCCUCCUCAGGAGGCAUGAGGUGGGAGCUCAUCUACCAGAGGCUAGAGGACGGGCCCUUUGCUUUGCAGUCGCUUGACGUGAUACCGCAGAUGGGAGAAAUCAUGAAGCUCGGGCUUCCUUUUGGGACGCCCGAAGGACAAAGAUCUCAUGGUGCCACCGGCACGUGGGGAAGUUUCACGGCGCUGUCCCGGGAUGUGGAGCACGGGCCGCUGCACAACACAAAGGCUGUGCCAAGAGAGGGCGCGUACUUUCGCAUGCUGCAGCAGACCUACUGGCUGGCAUUGCACGUGUGGCUUGUGCACUCCAAGCAGCACAUGCUUCAGGAGCACGAGGGCGUCUUUGGCAGCGCCAUUUGCGCUCUUAUCACGAGGAGAGUCUUCGAGUGGGCCUGGCUGAUAGUGCGCUUGUGGUUGAGGCAAGAAGACGUCCCAGCGAUGAGCAUCCCAACGGAGCUCGAGCAUUUCAUGGAGUAUGUCUUCGGUUUCUGUGCAGCCUUGGAUGAGGCGUUCCUUCAAGAAGCUCCAGACGGAUCAGCCAAAGCAGUCACUCUGGAAGAUUCCGUGCUGGCCGAUGGGAAGGUGGGCCUACUUCCUUGCGUCAAGCAAGUGCUGUGGACGAACGUGUACUUUGGCGCAUGCGAGCACGAUCAUCCGGAGCUGGAAGAGCUUGCAGUGUACCUGGUGCGCCAGCGAAUCGCCCUGGAGUCGCUGCCGCGGACGGCCUUCUUCACCGGCAGGAUGGCUUGGGCAGACUUCCCAAAGAGACCGGAGUGAGGGGCGCAAGGCCGAGCUGCUUCUUUGAGCAUGUCA